AUGCCAAGCGCGAGCCAAAGCUCCUCAAAGAUGGGAGCGACCAGCGACACGGACAGCGAGUACGAGAUUCUGUACCCAGGAAGCGUCGCCACGCAACAACUUCUGAGCGACAGCACGUUCUACGGCAAGUUCAUGCCCGACACCGACGUGCUGUCCGACUCGCUGCUGCGUUUUUGCGGCAGCUUUCCCGUACGUGCGGCUCCGCUGAUUGCGGCCUCAUUGGUGCAGAGGUUCACGGACGCACGCUUCAAUUGGGCGACGAAAACGUUGCAGUCGUUCUUGGAAGUCGUGUGCUGGAGCAGUGUCACGUAUGCGACUUACUCGCGCUACGGUGACGUGCUCCUGGCCCUGGAAGUCGGCACGUUCGUCGGGGCGCUGAUGUCGGUGUGUGACGAGGUCGGGCUGGAAUUCGCGCGCGGAUUAGCACGCGUCAUUCGCAACCAGCCGGGAGGCGGAGAUUUACUGCAACGUCUUGGUUUUGACGUACCGAAGAAUGGCAAGGCGCCGACUGAUGGGCAAGAGAUUACGCUGAUCAAGAACGUGGUGUUUGGCUACCUUGGCGUGCUGGCGGUGCGCUCAUUUUGGGAGAACUUUCACGACGUCAAGUUCUUUGCACUGUUGACGGUGUGCACCGGAGUGGCCUUUGUAGUCACGGCCGAGUUCUUUUGCCUCUGGAUACCGACGCGACGCGUGGGGCUGACACUACAGUCUCGAUUUACGAAGGUCGCACAUAACUGGCAGAACCACGGACUUCGGUCGCUCGUCGAGAUGCUCUGCUGGACAGUAUCGACAAGCUACUUGUACUACACAUCGGACGAUUGCUGGUGGUCCUUUCGGGUAGGAACACUGGUCGCGGUGGCUGCGAGUCUAAGUUCUGGACUCGACCAUCUCAUAGACGUUGACACCAGCUACGUUGAAGAAACCGAGUGUGGCUUUGGGGAGGAGCGAGCGUUGGAUGAUGACCCAAUUAUGGCGCUGGCAGGUCGCGUGGUGAUUGCUCAACGCGCACUGAAGUCAUUUGGACGUGUCGCGGAAGAAGAAGCCAUGGACAUGUACGAGAACUUUGCCGAGUAA